AUGGAUGCUGGAUUUUAUGUCUUGCUGGUCAAGGAUACGUUUGUUUAUAGUCCCCUGGAUAGAAGGGAUAAGCUAGAAUGGUGGCAAAAAUUAUUGUCUCUUUAUCCUAGUUCUAAUGUGCCUUGGGUCAUUCUUAGGGAUUUUAAUGAUUUGUUAUAUAAUGCUAACAAAUGUGGGGGCAGAGCUUUUGAUGCUAAUGAAUUAAGGAAUUUUUGCAAUUUCAUGAAUACUCUGGAUAUGGUGGAGGUUGAUUUGAAAGGUGGUCAGUUUACUCGGGUGAGGAUAUUAAUGAUGACUUCUGGAUCAUCAAGACCCACUUAUCAGACGUUUAAUCACAUUAUAGACAUAAGUAAGAUACCAGAAGAUCUGAACACGUCCGAGUGUAACAUCUACAGAGUCCCAUGUAGUCUUCGGAACAUGAACAAGGAAGCCUAUACUCCUCAGCUGAUCUCCAUUGGACCCCUUCAUUUAGGCGAUCAAAAUCUAGAUCCAAUGCAAUACCAGAAACUACGAUACUUUCGUUACUUCAAGGAUCGGGUGAGAAAUGAGGAAGCUAUGAAGGCCUACAAAAAGUACCUUGAAGAUGAAGAACAAGCUAUACGCCGUUGUUAUGCAGACAAUUUUCCAAUAUCCUUCACUAAGGAAAAGUUCGUGGAAAUUAUUCUUUUGGAUUCUGUUUUCAUCAUGGAGCUUUUUCUGAUGAUGAACAAACCAGAACUACAUCAAGAUGAUAUUAUACUGAAACAAACAUGGCUCAACAAGAACAUCCAGAGAGACUUGCUUCUGCUUGAAAACCAGAUUCCAUUGUUCAUCUUGGAAGAGCUAUACAGCUCUGUUGUCCCUAAGACCGAUAAGAAGCGUGAAAAAUUCCUUGAGGUUGGCCACGAUUACUUCGAGUGUAUUCAUCCUUAUAAAAAAUUCGAUGAUGAAAAACAAGAUUUAGACCAUCCUGAGCACCCGGAAAACAACAAUAAUUUAGAUCCUGAUUUGCAAAAGAAGCCCUCAACCAGGUUUGAACGAGUGAAGAUGUACUGGAAAAAUGAUCCUGUGCAUUUCACUGAUUUGAUAAGGUUCAUACUUUUAUUAUCUCUAAAACCGCUGUACCUCUAUCUUUGUAAGGAAGUGACUGGUCAUCAAGAAGUAUCGUCCUCUCGUGUUCUAAGGAUUGCAACCAAGUUGCAAGAAUCUGGAGUGAGCUUUGAGAAAGUCACCAAUCGAUCCUUAGUUGACAUAAAGUUGGAGAAAGUUAAAAUCUUGAGUUGGUUUCUGUGCUUGGGUUGUCUACCGAAAUCCUCAUACUUCAAAGCUCGUUUGCAAAUCCCACAGUUAAAAAUAGACAACACAAUAGAAUGUGUUCUCAGAAACCUCAUAGCCUUUGAGCAGUGUCAUUACUCAGAUCAACCUUACAUUUGUAACUAUGUCUCUCUCAUUGACUCUCUCAUUCACACCAAAGAUGAUGUCGAAUUGCUAGUUGAGAAGGAAGUCAUUGUCCAUAAACUUGGGAGCCAUAAGGAAGUGGCAACACUGGUGAAUAGUCUCUGCAAACAUGUUGUGGCGAACAAGACAUGCUAUAAAAAGAUUAUAGAGGAUUUGAAUAAACAUUACCAAAAUGAAUGGUAUCGUACUAUGGCUUCGUUGAGGUUGGUGUACUUCCGAGACGCUUGGAGAGCAAGUUCUACUUUGGUUGGAAUUGCUGUCAUUGUAUUCACAAUCUUCAACUUUUGCCGAGUUGUUAGAUUGGUCCUUGACCUAGAUCAAAGGCGACAGCCACAUAAUUAG